CGGGACAGUGGUCAGCUGCAGAGUCCUUGCCUGUUUCUGGUUACGUGGUGUUUCCGGACAUGUUUAUGGUAUUUUCCAUGACCAAGUGGAAUAAGCAGUCAUGAGUUCCCCACUUGUUACUACUGAUAUUUUUGGAAAAACUACAAAUGGCGACGUAGUUCAGCGGUACACACUAAAGAACAAGAAUGGAAUGGUUUUGCAAUUGAUUGAUCUUGGUGCUACCAUAACAUCCAUACAAAUACCCAAUAAAUGCGCGGGUUCAACUGAUAUAGUGUUGGGUCAUGCCACUGUUAAAGGAUAUGAAAAUGAUAAUUACUAUUUUGGUGAAGUAGUUGGUAGAGUUUGCAAUAGAAUUCACCAUGGUAAGUUUGUACUAAAUGGUGAGGAAUAUAAUCUACCUAUUAAUAAUGGACCAAACCACAUACAUGGAGGACCUAAUGGAUUUAGUAGAAUGAUAUGGGACUCUGCCAUCGAUGGUGACGGCAUUAAAUUCAAGUACACCAGUGUCGAUGGCGAGGAAGGCUAUCCGGGUGAGCUUGCUACACAUGUUACAUACCAACUGACAGAAGAUAACGAAGUCAUUAUUCAUUAUAUUGCCAACACGAGUAAACCAACGCCUGUCAAUUUAACCAAUCACUGCUAUUUCAACCUAGCUGGACAUGAUGCUGUAGAUAUUUAUGACCACCUUGUAAUGAUUAAUGCUGAUUAUUAUACGCCAGUAGACGAUAUUGUUAUUCCAACAGGUGAGAUUUUGCCAGUAGAGGGCAGUGUAUUUGAUCUUAGAACACCUGUCUUACUUGGUGAUAUUAUUCAUAAGGUACCAGGAGGAGGAUAUGAUAAUAAUUACUGCUUACAGUCUAAUAAAGAGAAACAUUUGGCUGCAAGGGUUCACCAUCCAAAGUCAAGUCGGAUGAUGGAAGUCUACACCACACAACCUGGUAUUCAAUUUUACACUGCUAAUUUCUUAGAUGGUCUCGCCUGUGGCAAGAAUGGUGCAACCUAUCCUAAGCAUUCAGGUUUAUGUUUGGAAAAUCAAAACUAUCCAAAUGCCAUAAACCAGCCAAAUUUUCCAAAUACUGUCUUGAAUCCUGGAGAUGUAUAUGAUCAUACCACAUGGUACAAGUUUUCUACACUAGAAUAACGAUGAAAAGUAUGCAAAGCCAUCUCACAAAUGGAUAAUCAAAAAAAUGUUUAUUUCUAUAAUAUUUUAUAGAUGUAUAGGAAAGGAAUGUGCUGUUUUCACCGGCUCUUCAACAUUCUGUGACGUAGAUUCGCCCCCGAGUAUAGUGCAUUGAGAACAAUGAUUGAUUUCAAUAUAAUUAAAUGUAGUUCUGUCCUUUUUUUUUGCCUGUUGUUGUUGAUUAUCCAGAAGACGGAUUAUAUCUGGUGUGAAAUUCGCAUUAAACAGUAUGUUACAC